UGCGAUGUCCUUUUGUGUCCUACAGCCGGAGCGAGGAGGGAGCGCGCAGCCCCAGCCUAUGGCCCAGCCGGUGCCCGGCGUGCGGGGCCACUGAGCCGCCCCGCCGCCGGCCGGAGCGGCGAGAACAGCAGCGCCAGCAGCGCAGCAGCAGCUGCUCCGAGUCCUUGCCUGCUGCCAAGCCAUAUCCAGCCAUGUCGUCCCGCGAACGGCGAGCAGAAUUUUUCAUCAAGACAGAGCCGGCCUCCCCAGACAGCCUUGCCCAGCAUAGCCCGAGCGGCUCUUCCGACACCAGCGCCAGCGGGGCUCCCCAAGAGCUGGAGACGGCUGGGGCACUGCCUGCCGGGACGGGAGCACCCCGCCGCCGCCACGAUGAUGACCCGGAUGACCCUCCGGGGCGGGGAAAAUACAUGCUCAGUGCCAUGCCCAAACGCCUUUGUUUGGUGUGUGGGGAUGUUGCCUCGGGGUAUCACUAUGGCGUGGCGUCCUGCGAAGCCUGCAAAGCGUUCUUCAAGAGAACUAUCCAAGGCAGCAUCGAAUAUAGCUGUCCGGCCACCAACGAAUGUGAGAUCACCAAACGGCGCCGGAAAGCCUGCCAGGCAUGUCGUUUCACCAAGUGCCUGCGAGUGGGCAUGCUCAAGGAAGGGGUACGUCUAGACCGGGUGCGAGGAGGGCGUCAGAAGUACAAGCGCCGGCCUGAGGUGGAGGGGGCCACCUACCCCAGCGCGUUUGUCACCCCCCAGAUUGCCACAGCGACCACCAAGAAACCAGCUCCAAUGAACACGAUGGUGUCGCACUUGCUGGUGGCAGAGCCUGAGAAGCUGUAUGCCAUGCCUGACCCUGCACUUCCUGACAGCCCCACGAAAGCGGCGAGCACUUUGUGCGAUCUGGCUGACCGGGAGAUUGUGGUCAUCAUCGGCUGGGCCAAAAACAUACCAGGAUUCCCAGCGCUGUCCUUGGCGGACCAGAUGUCUGUGCUGCAGAGCGUGUGGCUGGAGGUCUUGCUGCUGGGGGUGGCCUGGCGCUCGUUGCCCUGCGAGGAGGAGAUCGUCUUUGCAGAGGAUUUUGCGCUUGAUGAGGAGGCGGCGCGGGCGGCAGGGCUGCUGGAGCUCAGUGGGGUGGUCCUGCAGCUCGUGCGCAAGUACCGUGCCCUGCGCCUGGAGCGUGAAGAGUAUGUGCUUCUCAAGGCCUUGGCGCUUGCCAACUCAGAUUCUGUGCACAUCGAGGACAUGGCAGCCGUCCAGCGACUCCGGGAUGUGCUCCACGAGGCACUGUUGGAAUAUGAAGCAUCGCGGCGUCCUGAAGAGCCCCGCCGGGCCGGGCGCCUCCUUCUGACUCUGCCCCUCCUGCGCCAGACAGCCACCCGCGUCCUCCACCAUUUCUACAGCCUCAAACUGGAAGGCAAGGUCCCCAUGCAUAAGCUUUUCCUGGAGAUGCUGGAAGCAAUGAUGGACUGAACGAUUAGGCAGAGGGGCCGGGGCCAGGAUUUGGGGUGGGGGAAGCAAAGACAUCAGAGCAAAGCGCAGAGUGACUGGUCAUCGGGGAUGGAGGGGAGCACUGAAAUGGAUCGAACUGAGGCCCGGUUCAGACAUUCCCAUCCCUCUGAAUCACCCCCACUCCAACGGUUGCUUCUCUCCCUAACGUUGAAAACACAUUUCAAUGUAUGCAAAUGUGACAACUGCCCAUUGCUUUGCACUGAGGCUGAGUUCUUUUUAAGAAAACGGAGGCACAGGAGAGACAAAAAUAUUUUAAACAGCAGACGAAGCGACACCCCCCGGGCACGAGAGGUGGGGCUGACGCAGGGCAGGGAGGAAGGGAGGUAGAGAAAGGUUGACAUUCACACUGGAAGCCAUACUUUUAAUUUUUAAUUUAUUAACUGGGGGGAGUAUUAGCUACUGUAGCCCUAGCCUAGAAGCCAUAUUGCAUUUUCAAGGCAUGAAGGGGUUUUGGGGAGGGGGGGUAGAGGGAAGAUUAGAUGGGGAGGGGAAUUGUGUUGUUUGCUCCUGCCCCAGGAUGCAGCUAAGUGAUGGCCUAAGUGAUCAGAGACAUCAGACUCCCAGCCUCUUUUCCAAAUGCCACCUUCUGUCUUGUUCCUGGGCUGGGCCCAGCCAAAUGCACCUUAAUGGGGUGAGGGGGUCGGAGCCAAUUCUGUAGCUCUCCAGCAGGUGUGGGCAACCUUUAGCCCUCCCUGCUGGGGCUGACAGGAGUUGUAGUUCAGCAUCUGGAGGGCCACAGGUUCCUCACACCUGCUCUCCAAGAAUAAGGAGGGAGAUGGAUGUGGGGGAGAAGACCCACGGCAGGGUUGUUGGGGUUUUUUUUUUUUUUGCCUUCUUUCUGCCUUUUUAGUGCUGCAUCUCUUCAUUAGGAUGUCUCUCAGGGGAGGGAGGUUCCCCCCUACUCUUUCCCUUUCUGAGAUCCCCUCCCUCUGGGAAUGUUGCAUUAUCACUUAUAAGCAAUAAAUAGUAAUAAAACUUAGGGGAGGGUCCCCAUGAUGCAGGGGAGAAGAGGAGGCUGUGUCUUAUGUUGUAUGUGCUUUGCAUGGAGCCUGCCUUAAAAUUUGGGGAAAGGGGUGCGUGUGUGUCUGUGAUGAUGGAAGCCCAGCCCCCCCCAAGAAAGGAAAGGGAAAGACCUUUACCGCUCCAUCCAGAGUUCCUUCACUUAAUUUCCUUGUAGCAAUAGUUAAAAAGGCAAUUAUGCUUUUUUUUCAGGUGUGAUUUCAUAUCUUCCCCCCCCUUCAACAGCAGCUAGUUCUCUGCCCCCACCCGUCAAGUCAAUCCUCAUCUUACGCCCAAAGCAAUAAAGAAAACCUCCCACCUCCCCUUAAAAUUCCCUUUUAACUGCUAAAGCAGGGAGGGGGAAGCUGUGCCCAAUGGAAAGUGGUUGGGACUACAACUCCCAUCGUCCCUGACCACUGGCCAUGCUGGCUGCUGGGAGUCCAACACCACUUGGAGGACCCCCACAGUUUCCCUCCCCCCAUCCUUGUGCUAACUUUAAACCAAGGAAGGUAGGCUGCAUGGCCUGAAGCUGAGAGCCGUGUACAUAGCAAUAUAUUUUACUGUAUAUUUGUUGCAGGAAAAAAAAAUCUACACCAUUUCUGGCUCGCUUCCUUCCCUCCCCUCCCAAGGAAGGGGGUGGGGCUGCAGCCUCCCUUGCCCUGGUGGGGGGGGGGAGAAAGAAGCUGAAUAAUUUUUUUGUAUUAAAUUAUGUGUGUGUACAUAUUAUAAAUACCUCUGAUUUGUGUAUAGGCGGCUACAACAUACACAUUCAUAGAGAGCUCUAUUACUGAACAAAUUAAAAGAGGCCACUGCUGCCAAAUUGGACAGUCA